UCGUCUGCAAACAUUGCAAAACAAAUAGUGUUAGAAAAUAAAGGGAACCGCUUAAAACAAUCCGAAAUUAUAACUCGUCCGACUUUGGAUUUUAAUACAUAUAUAAUGAAAUACUAAAUGCUUGUUUUUUUUUCUGCUGCAAAUUGUCAUCAUUCAAAGAAUUAUAGGUGUGGAAAUGGAGACAUUGACACUUACUCUGAGAAUGUUUGAAAAUAAUACAUCACUGUCUUUCAGUAUUGGCAAGUAUGAUCAGCUGUUCCCAGUGUUUGAAAACUACAGUAAGAGUUUAAACCUAAACAUGAACGCCCUGUAUUACAAGUUUGAUGGACAACUUAUUUAUCCCUACAUGACUCCAAAUCAGCUAGACAUGGAAACAGGAGAUAUUAUUGAUGUAUCUAUGAGUAAAUCCUGUGGAACUGGUAAGCGGGAUCGAAGUAGUUCGCCACCUGAAUCUGGUUUAAAACGUUAAACUGAUGCUGAAUACAAAUUCAAGCACAAGAGAUUGAAAUGUUUUGUUAUGUAAUUGUUUAGUAAAGGAUUUACAGUCAUUAUUUUUUAAAAGAUAAACAUGUCUACAAAUAAGUAAAAUAUAUUAUUUAUAUGUAGUUCAUCUAUAAUAUUAAUGGAAUUAUAUAUUUUUACAGACAGUCAGAGGAAGUCAAGCGCCUGGCACCUUGUAUAGAUCUUUACUUUUAUUAUUUUCCUAAAAUUUUUUUGCUUGUUCGAAGAUUAAUGAUAAUCGAUUAGUUCAGAUAAAUUAAAAAAUCCGCCUGAAUCAUGAAAAUGGCAAAUUUUGAAUGUCUGAAAAGUUCAUAAUUCAUUAAACGUUUAAAACUUCUAAAUAUAAAAAUUUUAAUGAUCGGUAAAAUCUGUUCAAAAUCAAAUAGACAUAAAAUUUAACGUGUAUGAGAUGGAAUUAAUAAGAAAUAUAUGUAACUAGGAUGGCUGGUACAUUUGCCAUAAUAUGUU